CGUGACGUCAUAGCCGCCGCAACACUUUGUCGGCAAAGUAUAAAGAGAGCCGCGGCUUUGAGAAACCGCUUUUUCGUCAUUUUGAUUUUGAUUGUGCAUGAGUAUCUAUGCUUUUACCAUGAACGCUUUAGUGAAGAACCCUGGCAACGUGUUGACUUAUAAACUACUUGACCUGAUGGAGAAGACCGGUUACCCCAUUGUCCAGCAGAACGGUCAGCGACGGUUUGGGCCACCCCCGGACUGGGAGGGUGCACCGCCACCCAGAGGCAGUGAAGUUUUUAUUGGGAAACUGCCACGAGAGAUCUUCGAAGACGAGCUGGUGCCGAUCUUCUCUCGGUUUGGAAAGAUAUACGAACUGCGGUUGAUGAUGGAUUUUUCUGGAUCGAACAGAGGAUACGCCUUCGUAACGUACACGACUCGAGUUGAGGCCUACAGGGCCAUCAAGGAGCUGAACGGUUACGAAAUACGACCUGGCAGGCAGAUUGGCGUCGUAAAGUCUGUAGACAAUUGCCGACUAUUCGUCGGUGGGAUUCCAAGGAGCAAAACGAAGGAAGAGAUUAUGGAAGAGCUUUCUAAACGUGUUCAAGGGAUUGUUAACGUAAUCCUGUAUAAGAACUGCUUCGAUCGAAGGUUGAACCGAGGUUUCGCGUUUGUGGAGUUCACGUCGCACCGGGCUGCGGCCAUGGCAAGGCGUGCGCUCGUACCUGGUUGUGUCAAGAUAUGGGAUCAAGAAGUGAUGGUGGACUGGGCCGAGCCUGAACCAGACGUUGACGAUGAGCAGAUGAAACGGGUUAAAGUGCUCUAUGUAAGAAACUUUAAAAUAGGAACAACCCCUGAAACAAUUCAAACGGUUUUCGAAAACGCGAUUGACAAUAAAAUUGAAAGAGUUAAAAAGAUUUAUGACUAUGCAUUCAUACAUUUCUAUGAGCGAGAGCAUGCUGAGCUUGCGAUGUCUAAGUUGGACAAUGCUGAAGUUGACGGCAGUAAUAUUGAAAUACGUUGGGCUAAACCUGUAGACCGAGAGCUAUAUAAGAUACAAAAGCUACAUAAAGGCAAUGCGAAGUUCAAUAAUAGUUUGGACUUGACUCAAACACUCUUGCUUUACAAUCAGCACUUGGAGCAGAAGGAAUAUGCAAACUCGCCAAAGGAAGAUGAAGGAUUCGGAUCUGCCUGUGCAGGGGAAUCUUCUUGUGGAUCACCACCCAAUAUGAAGGAUUCAAGGUUCCCGCAGUACCAGUAUACACCACCAAAAGACAAUUACUACUCGCUCGCUCCUGCUAAGCUGGAUGCUAUGUGUAAAAGGUACAUGUGGGCGCCCCCCGUCUACGACUACCAGAAGUACAUGACCAGCACCGGCGCCGAAGUGUGGGUGUGCCGACUAGAGCUGUCGGGCGUGGGCGCGCCCCUGCUGCUGUCGCCGCGCCGCAUCGGCCCGCUCGUCACGCGGCCGUGCUCCUCGCUGCAGCAGGCGCAGGUGGAGGCUGCGGAGACUGCGCUACAUUGCAUUAAGAUGCUACGAACAGACCUGAUCCAACAAUCCACUCCAACACUGCCGCCAAUGUACCCUCCGAUCAUUCCAACUUUGCCCGCCUGCGUUAGCCCGUAUGACUACAUUAACACACAAAUUUACACUCGCCCGCCGCCCCAUUAUGCCUAUCUGUAACUGUGUCUACCUGCCUACUAUUUGGAGAACCGUUCGGCGUUUAAAAAUUGAUCUACAGUGCAUUGUCUAUAUGUGAUAAAUGUCUUCUUAUACUGGCUAGUAACUUGUUUAAAGCAUAAACUCGCCUUAUACUGGCUCUUGCAGUGUUGACUUUAGCAAAAAUGAAAAAUGUCUUUUCAUUCUUUGCACAAGUUUAUAAACAUUUAACAUUUAUCUAUUGUGAUGUAGCUAAAAAUUUUCUGAGUCUAGUUUUUUGGAAAUCCAGUAUAGGAAAGCUCGCGCAUUGUAGCCUUGUAAGGUAGCGUUUUUUUAUAUGUAAAAAUAUUACAAAAAAGUUUUAAGUUUCUUGGCUAUAGAAAUAGUGUUGUUUCUUGAGCAAAUAAUUUAAGUUUCUAACUAAAGAAAGCCAAGUAAAUUUUGUUGUUUUAUGUGUUAUGUUAUUAAUCAGAGUUUAGCUUGAUUCUUGUUUAACGGUUUGGAUUUUCAAGAUGUUUUAAGAAAAACUUUACUAAGUAAUCUUUUUUAUAGAAAAUGUGCAGUUUUUUGAACAUGGAAAUAUGCAUUUGGUUCAUGAAAUGGCUAGGUUUUAGGCGCCUCAAAUCAGACAUUGUAUGACCUUUUUUAGUUUAUUUACUUGUAGCUAACUUCUGACCAAAGUUGACGAACACCAUUAUUGAUAACUUUUGACAGCUUCAUAUUCUAUUUUGUAAUAUGACGUAACAACUUUGACUACUAUUACAAAUUGUUUGACUCGUAAAAAAGACGCACAAUUAUAGGUUUUCAUUAUUGUCUCUUGACGUUAGUUGAUUCUAUAAAUAGAUCAGAAGAAUUUAGUUUACAUAAGUGAAUGGUUUUAUAACGGUGCGGUGUAGCAAAGAAUUUAUUGCGGUGUACAAAAGGGACCUUUUUUCUGACGGGUUUUCAGUACUUGUAGUAAUUGAAUACUCUUCUAGUUGAGGGCUCGUAUUUUUAACCACAAUUACAGUUUUAUUAAGGCUCAAUGUAUAUGCGGCGGAACG